AACUGUAUGCUAUCAAUGAAAAGCAGGAAGUAUUUACAUUUUCAGUGUUGUGUACCUACAUAACUGCAUGCAUAUAAACAUAUUUACAUGCCAGGGAUUGUCAGAUAUAAAGAAUGGAUCGGUGCAAAUGGUUUGUCAAUCAAGUGUUCUGGAUCCUCUUAUUCAUCACAAUCAGCCGAGCAACGUUGUGCAAUCUACAAACAGAGAGACGUUGUCUUUAUGAGUCAUUGAAACUGUUCAGUGUUUAUCAAAAAAUGGUGUGCAUAAAAGAUGAUUCUGUACAAACUCUGAAUUUUAGCCCUUCUUGUGGAAGUUUUUGCAAAGUUAACAUCAAGAAAUGUAGUGAAAAAUACGAUAAACGUAUAGGUGUUGUAUUGAACAUUUCCUCAUCCAAUCUUUCGAUUGAAAGUAAAACCAAGGAAGACAUAGCAUUUCUAUUGUGCAAUUUCUCAACUUUAACAAACAAAGACAAUGACACUGGUUAUUGUAAUGAAUAUUCCACAACACAGAUAGAACCUCAAACGUCUAAACCUCAAGAUAAAACCUCAAACGUCCCUGAUUCAAAGACAACCCAGCAAACUAGAACCACACAGCCAUCCCUGAGGAUGAAUUUUGCUUUCUGUGCCGGAAACAUUGUCGGUGCGGUAAUUGGAGGAGUGUUAUUGGGAACAACUAUUACAGCCAUUAUCUUUGUCUUUAUUCAUCGCAACACAUCAAUCUUUCAAAAAAGUAAUUUAAAAUCAAAAUUUGACGUAAUGCCGAAUCCGGUGAAUCAACAAAAUGAUGAGCCACUGGAAGAAAACCCUCAACCUAUUGAGAGGAAAAAUGUGGUUUACAAUGAAGUCAACGAUGACAUACAAAAUUCUGUAAAGGUACAGCCAGUUCAGCAACAUCGGAAUUUAACUGACACGAAUGUCUACAACCGAUUAAAUGAAUCAGACCAGGAAGACAGAAGUGACUACUAUGAUCAUGCACAACCGACACCAUCUUUGUCUGACACAGAAGACGGAUAUGGAUCAUUGUUUGUAGAACAAGACGUCAAUGAUAAUUAUAGCGAGGUAGAUCAGGCCACAUAUCACGUGUCUGGAAAUGAAAUGACCGUCGGGAGUAAACAAAAUAAUAACUAUUCCACUCUAGAGGCAAAUAAUUGAUGUAUUUAAUUUGUGUCAAGUACGAUGCCACGAUGUUGUUUCAAAAAUUCUAACCGAAGAAAAAUGUCAUGGACCAAAAUCAAACAAAUAUAUAUA